AUGACGCUCCGAGAAUCGCCGGCCCCGGGUUCUGCUCAACUCCAUGUCCGAUUUGUGUCGUUCAACAUCCGCUUCGCUACCGAUAAUCCUGUUCCUGGAGAGCAACCAUGGACUGACCGUCGGCCAAGGCUUUGUGCUCAACUCAACUUUCUUACCUCUGGCCAUGACUCAACAUUUCUCUGCCUCCAAGAAGUCCUUUACUCACAGCUUCUUGAUAUCCAGGAUUCUCUCGGCCCGUCGUGGAGCCAUGUUGGCCGGGGCCGAGAAGACGGCAAACUGGCUGGCGAGUUCUCACCCAUCUUUUUCCGAGUGGACGAAUGGGACUGUCAAGACUGGAAGACGUAUUGGCUUUCCGAGACUCCAGAAAGGCCGUCAAUCGGUUGGGAUGCUGUCCUUGAGAGAAUCGUGACCGUCGGAUCAUUCCGCCACAAGACGACAAGCAAAGCGGUCAUUGUUAUGACGCAUCGUGACUCUUAUCCUCCAUUGGUUCUGGGCGGCGACCUCAACAGUACCCCUAUAGACCAGGCAUACAAGACGUUGACCUCACCGGACUCAGGACUGCAAGACACAUCUGCGGUUUUUCCAGAUGAACUAAAGUACGGCAACCGCGACAUUACAUACACGUCUUUUGGCGAGCCAGACGAGGAGCCAAAGACCAUCGAUUUUCUCUUUGUCCAGAGACCACCAACCCUCAUACUAAGGCUGUUUGGAAUUCUGCCAAAUAAAUUUGACGAUGGUAUCUUCCUGUCUGACCACCGACCUAUUUUUGUGGAUAUGGAGGUGUGA